AUGGCGUAUUGCCCGACGGAAGAGAAAUAUGGCUACGAAGAUAGUCGUUUUGAGAAAGCUGUCGAUGCCAACUUUCAUUGCUCUAUCUGCUACAAUGUUCUUAAGGAACCAAUGAUGUGUAGAAAUAAUGAACACAUAUUUUGCCGUGGCUGUAUCACUGAACAUUUAACUGUGAACUCGCAUACUUGCCCAGAAUGUAACGAGGACUUGACUGUCGAAACACUUCGCAAAGCCCCGCGUCUGGUGAGCAAUUAUUUAUCUGAACUCAAGAUAAAGUGCGAUUAUUCUAACCGAGGUUGUCAACAGUACAUUCGUCUUCAAGAGCUAGAUUCUCACGUCGAGAAUUGCGGGUUUGCUCCGGUGAAAUGCUCAAACGAGGAAUGCGGAAUGUCAAUUAAUAAGCGAGAGAUUAUUCAUCACGAGAGCACAGUAUGCGAAUACAGGAAAGUGAAGUGUCAUAACUGUGGGAAGAUCGAGAAAGAUGUUGAAGAUAUCAAGGAAAAAAUGGAAAAAGAAGUUGGAGCAAUGAAAGGCAGCCUGAAUGAAAUAGAAGAGCAAAUGAAAAGUAAUUGUAAGGAAGUAAAAGCGAUGAUGGCAUUGGUUUUGGACAAAUUGACUGCUCUUGAACUCACAGUUAAAAUUUCAUCUUCAAUCACGAAAGUGUGUACUACACUAAAAAACGACCUCGUUGUAGUAGGAGGUUGCCCCGAAAAUUCGUUGGAGAGAUAUUUUAGUAAAGAGUCUGUGUGGAAAAGAGUGUUGUCAAUGGAAAAUUGCUCCACGGCCAUCGUGUUUUUUGUCUACAAAGAUCAAUUGUUUGUCGUUUGCAGAGAUUCGGUACGAGUCAUACAUUUAAGUGAAUCUCUUCUACAGAUGAAUCAAUUUCCAGCCAUAUGGACACACUGCUGUACUAACCUACCUACCGUAAUCUAUCAGGAUCAAGUGUUUUUUAUUGGUGGGUACAAUGAUGAAAACCGUUGUUAUGAUAAUUUAAUUUCAGAAUUAAAUCUUUCUGCACCUACAUACACCUAUAAACAGUUGUCUCGUAUGCCCGAACCGAGGCAACAUCAUUGCGCGGAGGUAAUUAAGGACAAAAUAGUGGUUUUGGGAGGAGAAACUGCUCCUAGUGUUAGCAAUAUAACAGAUAGUGUAAUAGAGUUUGACAUAGUCAAGAAUGAGUGCAAACCCAUGCCUCCAUUGCCUUAUGCUGUGACGGGGGCAGCGUCAGUUCGCUGGCAAAACAAGGUGAUUUUACUUGGAGGUCGUGGUAGGAAUGGAAUCGCAUUAAAUACUGUUCUAAUGUAUGAUUGUGAAACAGGGGAAACAAAAGAGUUACCAUCAAUGUUAGAGAAGAGAGUUUUGGCAUGUGCAGUUAUUACCGAUAACAUAAUUGUAGUUAUGGGUGGGUUUGGCAUGCAUCAGAAUUCCGUCGAGGGUUAUGUUUUAGGAGGUUAUUCAUGGGAAUAUCUUCCCGUCAUGAACGAGCACAGAUAUUGUGCUGUUGCAGCAGUGGUACCAACUGAGCUCAAUUGA